GCAGAGUCGGCAACUCACGCCUAGUGGGAGUCAACACUAUAUAUAGCUCUUGUGGGGAGGUGCAGAAGUCAGUUCUCUCUGGUACUACAUACAAAGCAUCAUGAAGUUUGUGGUUCUCGCCCUGCUGGCCGCCGUUGCCACCGCCGCCCCACAGUACGCCGCUCCUCCUCGCUACACUGACUCCCUUGAACAUGCAGCCAUCAUAAGGGACGACCGUGUUCACGAGGAGGACGGCAGAUACAGCGUCGACGUGGAGACUGACAACGGCAUCAUCCUGUCUCAGUCUGGCUCUCCCAGUGGCCCUGAUGGAGCUGUGGUCAAGGCUGGACAAUACUCCUACACUGCUCCUGACGGCACUCCCGUCGUUGUGAAGUUCGUCGCCGACGAGAACGGCUACCAGCCCCAGUCUGACCUGCUGCCAGUGGCUCCCGAGUUCCCCCACCCAAUCCCUCAGUUCGUGCUGGACCAGAUCGCCUUCGCCGCUGAGGAAGACGCUGCCCGCGACCGUGGCCAGUCCAAGGCGCCCUCCAGCCGAUAUGGUGCACGAUAAUUUCAUCUCAUUAUGUGAAAAAACAAGCAGUUAGCUUUCUCUGUAUAUUUGUCUAUUUAUGAAUAACUGAGUAAAAUGUAAGAUUAUAAA